CGGUGAGAGCGCGUAUACACUGGCGAUAUGGUGUGUAGUAGUGUGGCACAGUCUCCUCGAGACUCGAGAUGUGAGACCAAACGGUUAGCAGGUGUAAUCUGGAUGAGAAGACGAAUGCCACCGUGUUGAAUAUAAAAUACGCUUUCAUUCCCUCUAUCUUGCAGCUCAUACCCUCACAGCUACACACUGGAGUCCACGCUAUAUUUCCGAAAAGCCUGUCAACUUCAAUCCUCUCACUGCACAACCCUUCAUCUCCCUACUCAAGCUACCACACCACGAUGAAGUACACCAGUGCUGUUACUAUUGCGGUAGCGACCCUCCUCCAUUCCGUCAAUGCCAACUUUGAUCUCUACCGCGUUGGUCUCGGUGGGACUGGGGUCAGCGGAAACGGCGAGGGUUGGCAGGCAUACGAGGCCGAGGCCAACUGCGACAACAAGCUUGACUGGUACUGGGUUGAUAGCGAAGAUGUGAGCGGCGGCAAAUACGGCGUCCGCUGCGAAGGUGAUGGCUGUGGACGCAGCCAGGAUGAUGAUGACAAGUCCCUCGACGUCAUUGAGAUGAACUUCAACCGCGAUGAGCACCACUGGACUUACUACAAGGACCGCGACGGUGCCUUGGUCGAUCUUUCUGACAACCAGGUUGGACGAUGCUACCCCUUCCCUGGUCCAAACCUGAACUGUGGUCUCACUGUUGGCCGAGUUGACGGCUACCGCAAGAUUCGCUGCGAGAUCGAUGUGACAGCUGACGAUAUCAACGGCGGAAGGCCUAGCAAGCGCCGUGCGGCUCGUGAUUUCACUGCUUAGAGACGCAGGAUGGUAUUUGAGCCGCACAAAGCGCGUCGCAUGCGAACCAUCUGGUUACUAUUAGUCUUUCUGUAGCAUUGGCCGAGGAACAUGAUGCUAGGGAAGUAGGAGCUGGAAAGGAACAUUCGCUUAACAUGGUUGGAGCUGGGGUUGAUAUAGCAAUUCUCAACUACGAAUUAC